UUUCGGGGCUCUCGAGCUGGAUCGACGCGCAUUCACUGUUUAGUAGCUGCGCGUUGGGCAUAUCGUUUGGUUGUGCGUUCCACAAAAAUAGAAGAGAAUAGACGUAAAUCCUAGGCGUAUCUCUUUAUCUAAAUAGCCUUCCGUGUGUGAUAAACGAUUUAUGUUUUAGCCGAGUAGCUUCCACAAACAGUAAUGCAAGACGAUAGCAAAAAUGAUUCGGUUGCGAUGCCAACGUCCAAGGCAAACAUUGACGACUACGAUCCGCACAUGCAUCGUAAAGUUAAGAAUCCAACAAACAACUGGCAGACUUUUGCGCACUUCCUGAAGGCCUCCAUAGGUACCGGAGUCCUGGCCAUGCCCAGCGCCUUUGCGCAUGCGGGCUAUGUGAACGGAUUUGUUCUGACCGCGAUCAUCGGCCUGCUGGCUCUAUACUGUCUGCACAUAUUGAUCAACAGCAUGUAUAUACUCUGCAAGCGCCAGCGUGUGCCCUACAUCAGUUUCUCCGAGUCCAUGCGACUCGGCCUGCAGGAGGGUCCGCCCAUACUGCGAUGCCUGGCGCCAAUCUCUGCCCCUUUUGUGGAUGGCUUCUUGGCCUUUUACCACUUUGGCAUCUGCUGUGUCUAUGUGGUCUUCAUAGCCGAGAGCAUCAAGCAGCUGGUGGAUGAGUAUCUCGUCGUCCUGGACGUGCGCCUGCACAUGUGCUUCCUCAUCAUUCCGCUCAUGCUGAUUUUCAGCAUACGCAACCUGAAGGUGCUGGCGCCCUUCUCCAGUGCUGCCAACUUGCUGCUCUUUGUGGGCUUUGGCAUCAUCUUGUAUUAUGUCUUUGAGGACCUGCCGCCGCUCAGUGAACGCGAGGCCUUUGUGAGCUACACCAAGUUGCCCACGUUCUUUGGCACGGUGCUCUUCGCUCUGGAGGCAGUGGGCGUGAUCCUGGCUAUAGAGGAGAACAUGGCCACGCCGCGCGCCUAUGUGCAGCCCUGCGGCAUCAUGAACUGGGGCAUGACCGUCGUCCUGAGUCUCUACAUAUUUCUGGGCUUCUUCGGCUACUGGAAAUACGGCAACGAUGCUCUGGGCAGCAUCACGCUCAAUAUACCCCAGACCAAAGUUCUCGCUCAGGUGGUCAAGAUCUUCUUCGCCAUCACCACAUACAUAUCGUAUGCACUGCAGGGCUAUGUCACGGCGCACAUAGUGUGGAAUCAGUACCUGAGCAAGCGGCUAGCGAAUGUGAAGAAGCACACGCUCUAUGAGCUGUGCUUUCGGGCGCUCAUCGUGCUGCUCACCUUUGGCUGCGCUGUAGCCAUUCCGGAUCUGUCGCUCUUCCUCUCGCUCGUCGGCUCCUUCUGCCUGUCCGUGCUGGGGCUCAUCUUUCCGGCUCUGCUCCAGAUCUGCGUGCAAUACGCGACGGGCUAUGGACCGUGUGGCAUGCGGCUCGUUGCCAAUCUGCUGCUGCUGCUCUUCGGCAUCUUUGGCGGCGUGGUGGGCACCUAUGUGAGCAUUGUGGACAUUAUCCAGUCGAUGUCGGGCAAAGUGGCUUAACUCGGAGCACUAAAAUACUUUUACCAAUACACUAAUA